CCCACCACUCACUGUCGACAUGUCUGGACGCGGCAAGGGAGGAAAGGUGAAGGGGAAGUCAAAGUCCCGCUCCAGCCGUGCCGGCCUGCAGUUCCCCGUGGGCAGGAUCCACCGUCUCCUGAGGAAGGGCAACUACGCCGAGCGCGUGGGCGCCGGCGCCCCCGUGUACCUGGCGGCCGCCAUGGAGUACCUGGCCGCCGAGGUGCUCGAGCUGGCCGGCAACGCGGCCCGCGACAAAAAGAAGACCCGCAUCAUCCCCCGCCACCUGCAGCUGGCCAUCCGCAACGACGAGGAGCUGAACAAGCUCCUCUCCGGCGUCACCAUUGCCCAGGGAGGUGUGCUGCCUAACAUCCAGGCGGUGCUCCUGCCCAAGAAGACCGAGAAGAAGUAAUCGCCCUCGGUCUUUCAGGGACGACAAUUCAGUACCGUUUAAUCCGGCUCCCCUUGGGAGCCACACCCUUUUCCAAAAAGAGACUUCUGGACACACACCCUCAACUACAUAGUGACAUUCCUAGGUCAAUUCCUGCUGAUAUUACUAGGAAGAAGACCCUCAGUCAUGACAACAAUUAACAACCCCCACGUCUGGCAGGCUUCCCACACUUAGUUUGUUUUCUUCACGGCAGGUAAGGGACUCCUCUG